AUGUUGACUCCACGUUCAGCAAAUUCGUACAACAACGAUGGUCACUGUUAUUCUGCAUCUCCUGGAGAGUUUGAGGAUUAUCAUUUGUUGCCUGACUGUGCAGAUGUUCGACACAUGACCGAUAUGGUCCCUAAAUCUGUGGAUACUACUAAAGAAGCAUCUCAUCCUGAAACUAAGACUGUUCCAUAUGUCCUUUCUAGUCAAGAGAAAGUGGAUUUUCUGAAAAAAUGUUGUGCUUCGCCGGUGCUACGUUUUAUUCUACAUCUUCUCGCUAAUCCACGGCAAGAAGGCUUAGUGUCCUGGCAUGGUGGACCUUAUGGAGUGAAAAUCUGGAACACUAGGAAAUUCACUGAACUUUACAAUGCUGCCAUGGGAGCCAGAAUGAAUUUCACAAAUAUCUCUCGCGCACUCCAAGCUUGCGAGCAGAUCACGAUAGCAGGGAUCCGUUUGUGGAAGCGGAGAAAACAAGGCGAAUAUUCAUUCUUUCCCUGUUAUACUGGACAUGGAUUACCAAACAUUCCUGCCACAGCAAUGCCAAAGGAUGUUCCAGUCUCAUUUCCAUUCGAAAGACAUUUGCCUUUGAAAGGUCACCCGCGGGGCUUUGACUACGGAGAAUGCUGCUCACCAGAUCCCCCAUAUCUACUCCCAGCAGCCUUCUACAAGGAUUCUCCUCCCUAUUGCCUUCUAACUUCUACACCUAACCGAUUUGUAAACUAUCAGGUCAUGGCCCCUUACGGAUCCGGAAUGCUCAGUCCUGCUCCAUCAUUAGCAUCAUUUGCUCCAACAAGUCCCGCUUAUUCACUAACUCCAUCGACUAUAAUUUCGAAUGGAAUAUUGACACCUCCGCUUUCGGACACAUCUGGAUACUCGUCGGAUUCCUACAGCUUCAAUAACUCACUGAGAUCACAACCAUUUGACCCAAUGGACAUCCCGGUGUCACAAACCUACCUGCACUGCGAAAGUCCAUCACCCGAUGAAUGCUUUCUACCUCUUGAGAAGGAUGUAGAAACAGACAAAAGUGCGGAAAAUACGGAGCAAGCUGGCCUAAGAACCAUGCAUGAGCCUCUUUUACCCAAUGAACUACCCAAAGUUGAGGCUCCGGUGCUUUCUUUGACGAAGAAAAACCCAGAAAUAACGGAACCAACUGAUCCAGUUAUAGAAGGACAGGACAUAUUUGGUAACUCACAACAGAACCCUGGCUACGACUUAACCAUAGAUGAAACUAGCCUAUUAUAUCAGUGCAAUGAAUAAUGUCACUCGGCAUUUUGCAGCUUUUUUGAUUUUGUUUCCUUUUUCACAUAUCACUCAUCAUAUGUACAUAAUAAUUGGUGAUUUUGUCCCGUGCUCAUUUUUUCGGUGAAUAUCUUAUUUUGUUAUAUAAAUUAUUAUACUUACUCAAGGAUGA